AUGGCUCUGCCACCGCCAAGAAACUCAAACGCGACGUCGACGCGUCGUUGUGCCCAAUCCACCGCCGACGUGACGACCGCGAUGAUCGCGGAGGGCCUAGUGGCCACGGUGGUUUUAGUGGCCUUUGUGGCCCAGGUCGUGAUGACCGUGACCGUGGUGGUCGUGAUGACAGUGGCCAUGGUGGCUAUGGUCGUGAUGACCGUAAUCGUGGUGGUCGCGAUGACCGAGGACGUGGUGGCUCUGGUGGCCGUGACCGUAGCCGUGAUCGUGUUGGUCGUGAUGACCGUGGCUCUGGGCAUUAUGACCGUUACGCCGGCAGUGCUGCUUUUGAUGCCGUCACCCGUGACCUUGGGUACGGCCGUCCUCCGGUUGCUGCCAACUGCGCCAUCAUAUCAUCCUCCCUCAACAAUGUCCUCGAAAAGCCGCAUCCACCUUCGGUACUACCCAAAGUUUUUACUACGGGCCCUGCCUCACUCUUUAAUGUGUUUGCAUCGCCACCGCGCCUAUCACUUCCUUCGACUAUAUCGUUCAUUUCUCCUAAGCCCCCUUCGGCUCUGCCACAUGGGCCAGAUACUGUCGAGCCCGACUCAUUGCCAACCGACUACGCAUCUGGUGCGCCUCCUUCGGCUCUGCCACUCGCGUCAGUUACCGUUGAGCUGGCCUCGUUGCCAGCCAACUACGGGUCUCCCGCUGAUGCAAGCGAUCUUUCGAUUAAGUCCCAUCCAACGAGGUUCUCGUCACCGAUCGACUACACACUCUACCCAUCGCGACCAUUAUUUCACAUCCCAGCCAACCCAACCAAAGUGGAUCUUCCACUGUUCCCCCCCAGUGACUUCUCGGUCACCAAGGCCGAUCAAAGUUGUUCUUCAACUUCCACCCCAAUGUGUGGACGGUAUCCGUCCCCAUCCACCCUUCCAAGUCAUGAAGGGCAAUGGCUUUUUGCCCUACAUGCGGAUCUCCGCUACUGCGAGAAAAUCCGGUGGCCCUCCUCUACCGAAGGCGGUGACCUAUGCUCCUACCAAGUUUCCCGCUCUGCGUGAACAUUGGAUCGUUGAUUCCAGUGCAUCCACCUUGUGCACCCCCAACCGAGAUUAUUUCUCGCGCUACAUUCCAUGUGCGCUGUCUUUGACAGUCGGGAACGGCGCCACACUCCCAGUCGUCGGUUAUGGCUCCAUCUCGAUGCUAGUGGACAUGUCGCCCCGCGACCAAGUCGAUGACAUCCGUACAUGCACUUUGCGUCUCGACUUCGGACUUCACUGCCAUGAACUACAGUUCAACCUGUUCUCCGUCCGCCAAGCGUCGGACGACAACAUCACAGUCCGAUUUCCGGCUCGUGACAUAUGUGAGAUUACCACCUCCUUUGGAGAUGUGCUUAAUGCACCCAACAACGCCAUGGGACUUUAUUCGUUCCCUGCCCAACCCAAGUUCGUGGGCACCGAUCCCCGUUUCCGUGCCAUGAUGGCCUCGUUCGAAACCGCUCUGAGGACCUUUCUGACUCUAAACUUUCCGCAACUAGUCUUGCGCGCCUUUGGCAUCGCCGUCUCGGCCAUCCUGGCAUUGAUGCCUUCGAACAAAUGA